AAAUUGAAAUGCAAGCUGACCAGUUAAUUCGAGAACACGAACUACGACAACGGGAUAUUAUGAUUUUACGGUUUGACCGACAGAGGGAGUUCUGUGAUGAGAUUAUAUCAAAACAAAGACAACUGAUUGAUGCUCUCAGCUCCGGGGGAACAGAACAUGGAAAAACUACUCGAGAACUGGCCGAUCUGUAUCGAAUUUAUAAACUGGAAUUGGAUCAACUAUCGAACAGCAGGGAAGCUGUUGAGAAACAUCUCGUGAGUAACCCUCACAGGACGUAUUCGGUGUUGGGACUAAGACCCCUGGGAUCUAGCGAGUCCAUGGUAGAGUUGCAAAUUAUAACUACAGGAGAGAAAAUCAUCAGUCUGCCUUUAAUCAAUGGAACAAUUGAAGACAAAUUAAUGGUUUUGUUUAUCGUAACUUUAAUAUACCAAUCUACCGAUAUCUCCAUUGACAGUCAGUAUCCAAUUCGUGGAAAGCUAUUCACACCCACUUGCAGCAGUCAAGGAAGCCGAGUGGACAGUGGUUUAAGUCUGUCCAGUUAUAUCCAGUCACUACCCUCGACUCCUGGAGAUCGAUUACCGCCUCUCAGUGAAACAGACUUUGUUUCAAAUGAUGAUCCAGUCAAAAUACUAUCCAGAACGAGGAAUAUAUCGUCCCUAGCGAGCAGACGUCGAGAACAUAGCCGGGAAAGCUUCCUAAAUGGAGGAUACAGAAACACAAGCCGAAGGUCCACUAAUUCUUUAAACCCAAAUGGGGAGACACCACCAGCCUCUGUUCUAGGGUCAAGACGAAGUUCCAGUUUAUCAACAAGAAGAGAGAGUCAUGAUCGUUUACCCAACAUGUCAAAGUACGGCGUUCUUCCACCAAUAGAGCACACAGGCAAACGAACCAAAAAGAAUGUGCGGAGAUUGAGCAAAAUAAGUACUUCAGAUUCUGAGUCGACCAUGACUGAUAGCCAACGAACCAGACUUUCAACUAAGCCUAAAGGUUUCGGAGAAAUGAUGGGAUUUUCUCUCGCCCACUGAUUAAUUUCUUGUUUACUAAUGUUUAAUCAUGGCAAGUGAAUCUAGGGUAUUUGAGUAUAAUUAUUGAGUCUCUUUCUUUCAGGACUUGGAAGUUUAAAGGAAGAUUUUUCUGUGUAAAAA